GCUAUGACGAUUCUUCAAAAACGCGAUCGACUUCGUAUUUAUUACGAAGGCGAGGAUCUAACGCCACGCUUCCUUGUGAAUCCGCUCUACAGCAGCUUGGAAGACAAACGCACUGCCUUUGAUGUAAUCAGUCUCGCCCAAUUGGAGAACUCUCGGAGCACUAGUGUUAAUCAUGUACGUACUAGUUACGUCAUAUCUUCGCCCUUGUUUUCUUCUAUCUAUUCUCUCGACGAGAUCAUUGAUGCGAAGUGCAACGACAGCAUUAUCAGUUUCACAAAGGAAUCAAAUAAAGCCUCUAUCAAGACCUUUGAUGUUAUUGAAGAUACCGAAGAUGUGCCUUCACAAUUCCACCUGCCCCAAUUGGACUCGCAAGCGAUUACGUCACCGAUGGACAGGGUGACCAUAGUUCUCAAGGAGACAGAGACGUUUUUUAUCUUCGAGUUACCGCAAUUGACGGCUGAUACGACCUCGACCGAGGGUCAGCUCGUCGCUGAAGAAAACGAGCGUUACAAGCAAGUCCUUGCUACAAGCAAGCGCAAGACUAUGAACACAGAGACUCAAACACCCCAGAUAUACACAAAGACACGGGGUACCUGCGUCGGCAGACAGGAACGAAAGAAUCAUGCUACAAUUGUUAAUAAUUGGAUAAUGUUCGAUACUUUGCAGAACAAGAAUUCUAACACCGAGAAGCUAUAUAAGGAGAACCGUUUCAAAUUCGACGAACCAAAACCUAAAGAGCAAUGUCGUGAUCCCGAUGAUGAGCUGGGGAUCAUUGCGUCAAAGGAUUCGUAUGAGGAAGCAUCGCGUAUAAUUUUACACAUCCUUGCAAACAAAUAUUACGGGAAGGAGCAAAAGCGAUUCGUGGGGCUUUUGCGGCAAGAUCCCUGUGAUCCUGAUCUCGAACUUGUUUACGGGCUUGAAUUACUUUGGCAGCAUACACGGGAUGACCUGUGCACGAGGCGUGUCUCCGCCAUCACUUGGAAUUCAAUCAAUAACUCACUUCUUGCCGUCGGCUAUAUGAGCCCAACUAAGUUGCGGCAUUGUCAAGAAGAAAUGGCACCAGGUAUAGUUAUAAUCUGGUGCGCAAAAAAUCCAGCCGAACCAGAUCGUUAUUAUGAAUUCUCUAGCCCUGUUACUGAUUUGGACUGGAGUAGAACAAGACCGAAUCUUUUGGCUAUUGGAUUUUAUGAUGGCAUUGUGCGAAUCAUUGACGUUAGUAAAAAGCAAUUGACCAUCAUUCGACAAUCCGAUAGAAAAAGUGUGUCUUCUUACGAACCCCAUUGGCAGGUGACGUGGUGGCCUAUAACGAGUGAAUCUUUCGAGAUCGCGAGCGAUGGUGAGCAGCUGUACGUAUGCAAUCAAGAUGGGUGUAUCUAUAACUUCAUACCAGACGAGCACUUCAUCGGUCGGCAGCUCCUGCGACUAUGGCGCACGGAGGGCAAGGUACCGGGUAUUCAACAGCUAGAUCAGUGUCUAAGCCACAAGGUAUCAAUCGCCCAGAGUACGGCUGUCUUGCUUUUGCGUUGCCAUCCGAGUCAACCGGGCAUCUACUUUGUUGGUACCGAGGAAGGCUACGUACAUCGAUGCUCGACCAGUCAUCACCAGAGUCAACUCGAGACCUUCCGUGCCCAUAAUGGUCCAAUACAUGGUCUCGAGUUCUCACCAUUCUGUGAGAAGAUUUUACUUACUUGUGGCGCCGAUUGGACCGCGCGCAUCUGGACCGAGGGACUCAAUGAGCCUCUUCUUACCUUUUCCACGAGCAUGGCCUGCGUUACCUCCGUAUCUUGGAGCCCUCGAAAUUCAACUAUAUUUGCAAGUGCUGUAAACAAUGAGAUAUGCAUCUGGGACAUAAGACGUAAGACAUGUAGACCAGCAUCGGUGACGUGUAUUUCUCAGGGCGCAAUCAUCCAGAAGAUUCAGUUCACAUCUAAUGGGGAACAGAUAGUUGCAGCCGAUGACAAUGGGAUCGUCUACGUCUACAAUACCAUGGGCAUACCCUUGGCACCUUUUGAUCAAGUUCAGACAUUUAUAAAUGCCAUUGAUAAAGCGCUUCUUAUCAAACCCGAGAUCCUUAAGAGGUUCAAAAAUCUUGGAUUCAUCAAUGUUCUUGAAUAGUCAAUGUAAUAAAUAAUUUACUUUAAAGUUGGUCCUCAUUACAUAAGCUAUUAAUUAAAUCAUGUUACUUUAUUUUAAGCCGAAGUUCAAACCGUUACAGUUUCUUUUAUUUUGUACAUACUUUAGUGUAGUCAUCUCUUGCCAUUAAUAUUUCAUUUCAAUUCCUAAAUUCCUGCAAACUUUGUAAAUUUUUUAUUUUUAUAAUCGGAAAACUAAAUA